AUGACAGAAAGCCAUGGGCAGGAACUGUCAAGAUGGAUAACAACAGUUAUUAUGAGUACAGCUCUGCAGAAUCAUGAAAUUUCUACCAUUCUACAGAGGCAACAUCACCGAGUUCGAUAUUCAGAAUCUGUGGAAACUGGAUCUGUUAUUUUUUCUCUUUCUGGUGUUGCAUUUCUACUGUCAGACACUCAAGACUUGCUUAUGAGAGGGGAAGAACAGUUUUCCAAAAGAAUUCAGAAGUUCAUAAACAUUCAUCGGAACAGUUUUUUGGUUUUGUCAGCUGCUCUUCAUGGUCCAGAAGAAUGGAAUGUCAUGUUUAGGAUUCAGAGGAGAUUCCUGGGCAGUAAUUUACGUGUAAUACCAGUUCAUAAUACUGCUGAAACUGUCAAGUUAAUGCUUACUAUAGCGAAGGUAACUUCCAAGCCACAAGCAGAUGAUGCUCGUUACAAAAUGACAAUGACAAAAGCCCAAAUCAUAGAAAAUAGUCCAGUUUGGAAGAUGCUUCAGGAGUACCACUUGCAGUCUAACUGA